AUGCGAGUAAAUCUAGCGGCGGCCUCGACAUUCCUUGCUUCGUUGAUCCGGUACACGACUGCAGCCAAUGUUACUUCGCUUGAGGGCACAUGGACAUCAAAGUCGGAGACGGUCGUAACUGGACCGGAUAUCUACGACCCAGUUGGAGAACGGCUUAUUGAGCCUAGACUACCCGGAACAGCAUUCUCCUUUACAAAUGACGGAUACUUUGAAGAAGCCAUAUAUGUCGUUAUUGGAAAUCCUACGACUCCCGAAUGCCCCAAUGCGAUUAUACUCUGGCAGCAUGGGAAAUAUACCCUCUACGAUAACGGCUCCAUGGUUUUGUUCCCAUUCGAUUCCGAUGGAAGAAAGCUAUGGUCCGACCCUUGCAAGCAAAAGAAAUCGAUUUAUACUAGAUAUAAUCAGACAGAAUUGUACAGGUCUUGGGAUAUCGUUAAAGACGACUACAGAGGCCAGUUCCGACUCAAUCUGUAUAAAUUUGAUGGCGCACCAAUGAAUCCAUUAUACCUAACAUACAAGCCGCCCCAAAUGCUUCCAACUACGACGCUCAAUCCCUUCCCGACUUCGACCCCUACAACGGCCGCCAAAAUCAAGCGAUCUAUUGAGAAUUUCAAAAACUCGCUUCCAGACGGCGCGCCUGGGCUCGAUAUUUGGUGGUGGGCCGCUGUGGUGAUGACACUAGUCGGUGGCUUGGGUGUCUACCUCGCUCGGCCCCCGCCUUCCUAA